UUUCUUUUUUCAUCAUGCCUGUUUCCGACCAGGCAGCAUACCGUCAAACCCUGGACUUUAUCAACAGACUAUUCAUUUGCUUCCAGCUUCUCCCCCUUUUCAACAUGCACUUGACCUAAUGAACUUAAGAUAUUUGCAAUUUUCUGCUGUAUGCGAUGAAACACAGAUGUAACAUGAGUGUUUAAUUAAUCAACUUGCCCCACAUUCCUCCUCAUCGGUUUUUCCUACUGGCCUGUUCCAUAAUUAGUUUUCUGCUAUCCAGCUUGCCGAUUUUAGAGCUUGUCGAGUCUUUAGUCCAGAGUACAGUGUUCUAGUCCAGAGGAGGACUCUUGGGAAGCGGGAGCUAAAGGUGAAGUUUGUGAUGAAAAGACUCCUAAGAGAUAGCGUUCAAAUACGUCACGCAUAAAUAUUUAUUUGCACUUUUCCUCCUGUUUUUUUUUUUUCGUCAAUGUAUGUUUCUGUACUUACGCGGUGGACUUUAAUGUAUUCACAAAAGCAAGUUUUUUUUGUUUUUUUUUUUUUGCGUUCUACAGCUACUUUGUUACAGUGAGAGUGUAAAGUCAAUGGUAAAGUGGUGGUGAUUGUCGCCGUGCGAUUUGCAACGGGUCGCCGUAGUUUUUCCUUGUGCCCAAACCCAACGUACCUAGUCUAGUAACGUUGCCCAAACCGGAGUGACGACAAAAAGGGUUUAGUGGCGUUCGCCUUACUUUAGCGGACAUGCACAAGACUAUGUUGGCAACCACCUAAAUUAGACGUGCAAAUAAAGGGGCUUUUUAUUACGCUGUAAAAAAACCAUGGAGGCCGGCAAGAAUGACUUUAUGCAGCAGUACAAAACAAUUUCCCUGAAACUCAAAAAGAGAUUUCUUCGCAAGCCAAAUUUGGCCGAGGUCAGCGACCAAUACACUGCCCUUGGGAAGCAGUUACAGCACCAAGACUGCCCCCAUUAUGCUGGAAUGUGUAGCCUCGCCGCCGCCAAGUGCGAGCAGUCCAUGGGUAACAGUGCUGCCGAAGCCCAGGCACUGGCACAGGGGGCACGGCAGUUCUUCAACGCUGAGGCAGAUUACCACACUCUGCUGUGUCCGUCAAUCGACGAACACUUGGCAGCCGCGGUGCACUGCUUUUCGCGAGCCAUCGACCUCUACGUGCAACUUCAGGAGCCGUCCCUGGCAGCUGCGCUGUGCACCGAAGCCGGCCAGUGUCUCCGAUCUAUCGACCGAGCACACUUGGCGAUGUCUUUCCUGCAGCGCGCCGUCCAGUUGCAGAGCAAGUGUGCCAUGGGCUACGUGGAUGCACUUCAAGAACUGGCCACCUGCCAAAUUGAAACCGGUGACUACUCUGGGGCCCUGUCAUCAUUCACUGAAGUUUACGCAAUAUCCCAGGAAAAGAGCAUGCUUGGCGGUCGCUCGAUGGGCGCCAUGGCAACGACGCUGGCUUCGGCAGAGAUCAUGCGGCUUCUCUUGCUCCUAGUGCUACAGCCAUCUGCGCAGAAAAUGCCUGCAGAGCACGCGGCCCUUCUCGACCGUUACCUGUACGACAGCCCGGAGGAGACAACGCCGAGCAAACCAAGCUACCUGAACGAGGAUGUCUUCCUGCUCCUGCAGUCACUGGUGAUGGCGUUUGAGAGCAAGGACCGAGAGUCUGUCAGGCUGCUUCAAAGCCAUCUGUGGCCUUUGCUGAAGGCAGACCAAAAUGAACUUCUCCACGAAGCGGUUGACAGACUUUGCAAGUGAUUGCACCACAAGACCUGAACACUGCAACAGCUGUGUGCAGCUAUCACCGUGUGCGACCUCUUGUUGCCUGUAUAUAACAUCGUUGCCGACGACGCCAGCGGUACCUGUGAUUGUUUUAAAGAUGGCUCAUGGUUGAACGCUCUUUGAAUUCACAGUAGCCAACUGUGUUGUAUAGUGUCAGAAUUCCCAUGAAGUCUCUGCUGUUGAAAACUGCGUACCUGUAAGUUGAAGAAAGUCACAGAAAGUCGCAAUGGUUGAAAGAAAAGCUGUGCUUUAUUUCUUAAAUUGAGAGUGCACAACCCAUUCUAGGAUAAAAUGACAGUGGGCAAUGAUUCUUGUUCACCGUGUUAAACAUGGGAGCAAGUACAGCAUAGAAGACUGAGUAAGUCGGCAUAGGUGUAAACUAACAAAAAAAAAAAACUCUGGACUAGUACCAACAGCUGAACAAGAUGUGUUUUAGUUGCUAAACACAGCUCGUUUCAGGGGAAAAGGACUAGUCGUCAGAUAGCAGUACCGGUGAGGCAUCAAAGGUGAAUAUUGUGACUAGUCAUCAAAGCCAUUCACGUGCGAGUAUUACAAGAAAUGGAGUGAUCCACCCUUGUGCAAGAGAAUAAAUGCUGUAUUGAAACUGA